AUGUCGGAUUCUCGGACUCCUGCAAUCUUUGAGGAACAACCCUGCAGCGUUGAUGCGCCUCGCUUUGCUCUCGCCAUCCCUGGGAUGGCAUUGUUGGCGGGCUUGGCGCUCGCUGCUUUCUGUUGUUACCGGAUUAAAGGAACCCGAGUUGACGACAUGGAAGAAAUCGUUUUAAUGGAAGACAGCGUGGAUACGGAAGGUAGUGAAAAUAGUGACGACAAUGAAGAUGAUGCAGACUUGAACGAUGAUGACGACCUGGACAAUGAUGACGACCUGGACAAUGAUGGCGACCUAGACAAUGAUGACGACCUGGACACCGAAAUUGACGACGAGGAAGAGAGCAUGGAAUUGGAAGAUGAGGAAGAUAGCGACCUGGACAAUAAUGACGAAUUGCACCCCGGAAUUGACGACACCGAAGAUGACCUGACCACCGAAACGGACGAAAAGAUGAGACCAGAAGGAGAACCACAUAAGUGCGAAGUCGCUGCAACAAAAAUGGAACACCUCUGGAAAGAAGCUCAGCAGGAGAUCGAACUGCUCCGAAAGCAGGUCAUGGAGAAAGAUCUGCUGCUUGCAAAAAAAGAAGACGAGGGAAAGGAAAUGAAAAGUAAUUUUGAAAAGGAAAUAAAUGAAAGAGACAGAAAAAUUGUUAACCUCCUCCAACAAGGUGAACAACUCAGAGGUGAAAAGCAGCAAUUAGAUCAGGAUUUAAGAUUGACUUUAGAUCAAUUGGAAGAGACGGAAAGGAUACAGAAAGAGCAGAAUGAGAAAUUUACGUCUCUGGAGUGUCACCUGCAGGAGAAAGACCGCUUGCUCAACAGGAGAGACGAGGACGAGAGCGAGAUGAGACGGCUCUUCCAGCAGGAGAUGGCUGAAAAAGAGAGAGAGCUGGAGGCCAUCUUACAGAAGGAAUCAGAACUCAGCCUGAAAUUAAAGGAAAGUGAAAACACUAAUGAGUUACUUGAUUUGGAGAAUGAAGAGUUUUGUACGAUGACUGAAGAGCUGAGGAAAGUUUUAGCUAAGAAAGAGAAGGAACUCGACCUUUUGAGAGAAUCCCUCGCCCUUAAAACUAAGGAAUUGAAGGAAGGUCAAGACCAGCGUGAAAUGAUGAAGAGACGAUUGGAGGAAGCUGAAGGUGAUAACUCGACUCUCCGAGAAAAGCUGAGGCUUGCUGAAGCAGAGAAUUUAAACACUCAGGAGAUAUUAGGGCAUGAGUUUCAAGCAAUGAAGAACUGGGUGGACGAACUAGGAGGAGAAAAUACAAGUGUUAAAGAAGAACUAGAAAAAAAGGAGCUGGAAAUAAUGUUGCUGGAAGAAUCUUUAGAACAUAAGGAAACUAUUCUUCAGGAUGCUCUCCAUCACUGGAAUGAGAUUGAAAAGUUGUUGGAAGGAGCGAAGGAAAAAGAGAAGGAGAUGGAGGCUUCCCUAAUGAACUUAGAAGCAGAGCUCCAGCAGAGGAACCUUCGAAUCGAAACUUUCCUCACCAAAGAAGAACAGUCAAAGUGUGAACAACAAGAAUUUGAGGAUAAACUAGACGUAGCACUCCAUUAUGCAACGGAGCUGCAGACGUUGCUAAAGGAAGCUGAAGAAAGGGAGAGGAAAAUAAAAAAGGAUUUAGAAGAACAGAUAAAUAAAAACCAUCUCUUGGCAAAGGAAAAGGAAGAUGGAGAGAUUGAAAUAAGAAGGCAGCAUCAGGAGAAUCUAAGGCAAAAGGACAAAGAAGCAGAGAAGCAGCGCAUAUGCCUGGAAGAACUCCAGGAUCACUUAGAAAGCGCUCUGCGUCAAGAACAGAGCCUGGAACGCUUGCUGGAAUGUAAAGAAGAAGACCUCAUCUCUUUGAAGAAGAAGGAGAGUGAAACCCAGCUGGAAGUGCAGCGACUUCUCAAGGACUGCGAUAUGCUGAAAGAAGAGAUUCAGCUACAGGACCAGAAUAGAAUGAGAGAAGAAAAACGUCUCAGGGAGCAGCUAAUAACACAGGAGGAGGCUUUGAGGGAACAUGACAAAUACAUGUUGAUGAUGUUUCUACAUGGGACUGCUCAGAGGAAUUUCCAGCUAGAACACAUUGCGCUGGAACAUGGAGAUGAUAUGAUUGAACAAGGGAAGAGAGAGAAGUGCACAGGAGGAACAAUAGGAAGGAAAGACACAGAGAGCAAGGAAGACCCCUGUGAAAAGGCUCGUGAGACAGAAGAGAAACAACGUAAGGAGUACUGGAAUGCCCAGCGGGAGAAAAACGAGGAUUACGAGAAACAAUGGGAGGGCCUCAAGCACAUUGUGGAAGAUGUUCUUCACGGAGAUGAAUAA